GCAAAAGUCGUUCAAUACAGCAUAAACGUUAGGUUGAGACUAUGGUUACCUCCACGGGAACCGCCACGACCACCACGAUCAUAAGCCAUUUUGUUGAGUGAUUAGUUUAGAAAAAAAAAGAGGGAAAGGGUUCUUCACAGAAAAAAAUUUCCAGUGGAAACAGCGGCUGAACAAUAAAAAAAAUCGCUCGAGUCAAAGCGGUCACGGUGGCUUAAAAAAUCGUGCGAGCCAAUCAGAUGUGUAUUAUAUCCUGAGCUUUUGCCUGUCAAUUUUCGACUGACUUAUGGUUCCUGCAGUCUAAAAAUGUCAAAUUCAAGUCAUGUAACCGAGAAAACUGAAGACUCGCGUCUGCAAGACAGAGCAAAGCAGAGAAUUACAUUAAUAAGAGAUGAUGACGAUGAAGCGCCUGUACGUCAACCACAGCCUUUUCCAAGCAAUGUCACAAACCAUGAUAGUGAGGGAAAGCUCUUUGAUGGAGAAAACACCCCACAAAACAUCGCAACAUAUGGAUUCGGUCUUGGAAUAUUGGCCGGAUGCAGUAUAGCAUUUGCUGCAACGGGUGUGAUUUACCCUCAAAUGUGGCUAUUCUUAAUGUGCUUGGCUAUCUUCCACUUCUUAGAGUAUUUGGCAACUGCGCUCUUCAAUGGACCUAAACUCAGCUUGGAUUCCUUUCUGAUCAACCACAGCACUCACUAUCACGCUGCUCAUCUCGCUGGCCUUACCGAAUUUUUAAUAGAGGCGUACUUCUUUCCUUCUUGGAAACAAUUCGGUGUCAUCAAUUGGCUCGGUCUCGUUCUGAUGGUAUCUGGCCAAGCUGCUCGUACUAUCGCCAUGUUUUCAGCGAAAUCAAACUUCUCUCACCACAUCGUCUCAUACAAAGCUUCUAACCAUGUCCUCGUCACCAGUGGCAUUUAUUCCAUCAUGCGACACCCCUCCUACUUUGGAUUUUACUGGUGGGCGAUAGGUGCUCAGGUGGUGUUGAUGAAUCCAAUUUGCUUUGCGCUAUUCGUUUACUGGCUGCAUCGUUUCUUCUCAGAUCGCAUCCAGUAUGAAGAGCACACCUUGUCUAGAUUCUUCCGCGAAGAAUGGGACGCUUACAAGAAAAAGACACCCACUUUGAUGCCCUUCAUUGCUUAGAAUAUCAUCUAUACCAUACCAGCAUUGGCAAUUUGCAUGCACAUUUGUUUAUAUAUCAUCCAUUUUUUUAACAUUAACCAACAAACA